ACUCUCUCUCUCUCUCUCUCUCUCUCUCUCUCUCUCUCUUCUCUGCAUCUUCUGGUUGAAGAAGCAAAGCAAUCUCAAAUCGAAGACGAAGACGGAUCUGAUUCGUCAUCCGUCGUCGGCUAUCGAUCGAGGGGCCUUUGCCUUCAAUCGGCCCUUUGCGUUCGUGUUCGUCGGCCGGAGGAGGAUUUGGCUCCGGUAGCCGAUCUGAUUAUUCCGGAUCGGAUCCAUGCUCUAUGAAGAUGCAGAGAAGAGAGAGAAAGAGAGAAGAGUCAUCUUGAAUGUAAGGAGAAACAGAAAGUGCUAUAGGUUAGAUCUUCAGAGGAAGCGACGUCGUUUGCGCUCAGAUGACCUCGUUUGCAGAGGAAAAGAGUCAUCUUCAGAAGAAGCGACGUCGUUUGCGCUCGGAGGAAGCGACGUCGUUUGCGCUCGGAAGAUGCGACGUCGUUUGCGCUCAGAAGAUGCGACGUCGUUUGCGCUCAGAAGAUGCGACGUCGUUUGCGCUCAAAAGAUGCGACGUCGUUUGCCCAUGGAAAAGCGUCAUCGUUUGAAGGGACGUCAGCGACGUCGUUUCAUCAGCGGGUCUCGGUAUUUAAACCGAGACCGAAGCUUCUGCACGCAUUUUGUGCCCAUACAAGCUUGUUGAUCACGCUAAGGGAAGACGAUGACGAUCACAACAACGAAGAAGACGAUGACCACUGCUCUCGUGCAGGAGGUGAAGGCUGCGCCGUCUCCACCGCCGGUCGACACUAUCGUCGAAGUCAAGGUGACGAAGGACGACGGUCUGCAUUCUCAGGGAAUGUUUGAUUUGGAUGAGGAGUUCUCUUUCCUGCUUCUUUUCAACUAAGAGCAGGGAGAUGACGACGACAUGGGGCUCUCAUGGCUAUUUACGGAAGUGGUUCCAGAUCUGGGAAUGAUUGAGGAGGACCGAGAGCAGGGAGAUUACGACGACAUGGGGCUCUCGUUGCUUUUCACCGAAGUGGUUCCAGAAUUUGCAUACGGUCAUUUACCCCCUAGGGUUUUUCGCCGUAGGGUGGUUUUCAAAAUCAAGAAACGUGAAGCAAGGCUUCCCCUUACUUGUUUUGCGUUUCCGGAUGAAGAUGAUGAAGAGGAGUCUCCCGGCUCCCCUGAUGAAUUUGGACUCUGUCUCCUCUUCGGAGAAGGACAAUGAGCGAUCACAUACUACUUGACACGACCCACCCCGAAUUUCACCCUGAAACCCAGA